AACCCAGAUAGAACCUAGCAACUGGGUUUGAUGGAACCUAGAUCGACUGGAUUCCGUUGAACCCACCUACUGGGUUCGAUCAAAACCCAACUAGCCUCCUUUUCCCCCUUCUUUCUUUCUUUCCUACCAACCGAACCCAGAUAGAACCCAGUAGCUGGGUUCGAUGGAACCCAAAUCGACUAGGUUCCGUUAAACCCAACUACUGGGUUCGAUCGAAACCCAGCUGCCCUCCUUUUUCCUUUUUUUUCUUUCUCUUUCUCUUUCUUUCUUUCCUACCCACUGAACCCAGAUAGAACCUAAUAGCUAGGUUCGAUGGAACCCAAAUCGACUGCGUUCCAUUGAACCUAGUUGUUGGGUUCAGUCAAAACCCAGCUGCUAGGUUGGGUAUCGACGAACCCAGCAUAAAUUUUUUUAUCAUUUUUGCCAAGUUGUUAGAUCCAGAGGCUUCUUGGGACAAGGAUCAAUUGGGAGAUGUUUUGCAUUGGAUUUGGCAAGUGGUAGCUCUUGUAUGUGGUUUGCUAUGGGGUGCAAUACCUUUGGUUGGGUAUCGAUGAACCCAACACGGCUAUCAACGAAACCCAGCAGGCCUAGCUAUUCAACGAAAUCCAACUCCUGUUGAUUUACAAUUUGAUUGUAUUUUUGUUAGAAUUUGAUUAGGGUUUGAUUGAUAUUGUUUAUUGAGGAAUUAAUUUGAUGGAGUGGAGAUGAAAGAGCAUUAAGAGAAGAAGAAGAAAUGGGUUAAUAUCGA